AUGUCCGCCCUCCGCGCCCUCCGCGCCCUCCGAUCCACCGCCCACCUCGCCUCCCGCGCCCCGCGCCUCCUCCCCGCCCCAACCCUCACCCGUCCCUUCUCCCUCUCUUCCCUCCUCCGCGAUCCCCCGCGGCCCACGCUCUUCACGCACGAAUUCUCCCUCGCCGACCGCGUCGCCAUCGUCUCGGGCGCGAACCGCGGCAUCGGCCUCGAGGCCGCGCUCGCGCUCCUCGAGGGCGGCGCGCGCGCCGUCUACUGCCUCGACCGCCCCACCACGCCCUCGAGCGAGUUCGUCCAGGUCGGCGAGUACGUCGGGAAGAUGGACGUCGGGCUGGGCGGGGAGCGCAGGAAGGGAGGGAGGUUGGAGUAUGUUAGUGUGGAUGUGACGGAUAAGGAGGCGGUGGUUAGGGAGGUGGGGAAGGUGGGUGAUCGGGAGGGACGGGUGGAUGUUUGUGUGGCUGCGGCGGGGAUAUUGAGGAAUCAUGUGUCGUGCAUCGAGUAUCCCGAGGAGGAGUUCAAGGAGGUAAUGGACGUGAACGUCAACGGCGUGCUCUACACCGCGCAAGCCGCCGGACUCCAGAUGGCAAGGUUCAACAAGCCCGGUAGCAUCAUCCUCGUCGCGUCCAUGAGCGGGAGCCUCACGAACAUGCACCACCACUGGGUGUCGUACAACACCUCGAAGGGCGCGGUGAUCCAGAUGGCGCGCAGCAUGGCGUGCGAGCUCGGCGCGCGUGGCAUCCGCGUCAACUCGCUCUCCCCGGGGUACAUCUACACCAGCCUAACCAAACAAUACCUCGACAAACACCCCGGCCUGCAAGACAAAUGGUCCGCGCAGAACCCGCUCGGGCGCAUCGGCCGCCCGGACGAGCUGCGCGGCGUCGUCGCGUGGCUCGCGAGCGACGCGAGCACGUACUGUACCGGCAGCGAUAUCAUGGUUACGGGCGGGCAUCAUUCGUGGUAGUGCGGGGAAGAGGGGUGGAUGGGUAGUUGGAGGUAUGGGGAUGGGGAUGGGGAUGGCGUGAUUUAAAGGGAUUGUACCGAUACCCAUGUAGCAUAGCACUCGCUGAUCUGAAGAGAUGGAGAGGGACGACGAGCCCACCAUCACCGCAUGACAAUACAUGAAAUGAAU